UUCAGUCAGCUCAGGAGAUAAAGACGAUGGAGCGGAUGGCCGCCGCCUCUUCAGUUGUCCUUUUCAUGCUUUGCAGCAGCUUCCUUACCUGCACAGGUUCCCAAAAUGGCUGUGACGCCUACGGCGCCAUUGGUGGCAACUUUACUGUGCCUCUGCAUCACCGACUGCAAAAAUUGGAAGACUUGAGAUGGAGGCACAACAAGACGAAGAUAUUUCAUCAAAGGCCGGACCAGAAGGUGGUCUUCGGGAAGCCAGAUAAUAUCCAUGGAAACGGAUCCCUCAAACUUCUCAAUAUGGGGAGAAGUAGUGCGGGCAUUUACAUCCCGGAGGUUUAUGAUACAAAAGGAGUAUCAGUAAAGAAUCUGAAAAGCCUGUUUUUAUGUUUGCUGGAUCCCAUCUCGAAGCCUGGAUUGAAAAUGGAAUGCGAAUCGUCCAAUGUGAAAUUCACAUGCAUGACUGGUCAGACCCCUGAUGUGACCCUACAAUGGUUUGAAAAUGACAACGUUUUGCCGAAAGAAGACGGCCGGACUCUCCUUCGUGUCGCCAACGAGGUGACAAACAGUAUGUUCAGAUGCAAAGUUUCCAAUCGUGCUAGCUCCAUGAGCAGUGACAGUCAUGUCCAAAACUGCACCAAAUCAAGCUCAUCUCUCUUCCCUGAAGAAUUGUUUGGCCAGGAUUUUAGGAUGAUGGUGAGCAUCCUGGCCAGCAUGGGAGGGCUUGCUCUGUUGUUGAUUGUCAUCUUAAUCGUUUGCUGCAUCCGAGGCAUACGAGAAAAAAGCAAACAAGUUGAAGAGGAGGAGGAGCUUCGUUUGGGUUGGACCAAUCCUAAACCACAGCAUCAUCAAUAUCAACACCCAACCCAUCGGCAUCAGCCGGCUGACCACACCGGACCUCGGCAGCACCGCCGCAAAAAGCGGGGCAUGCCACAGCAUCUGGGAAGCCAACCGCAGCCCCACCUGGCACAGGCCUCCAGACUGGUGGCAGAUGAGGGGCAGCCUCCUCCUGUUCCCCAGCCCAGGAAGAAGGUUGCAGCAACAAAUAUACAUACUUAAGGAAAUUAUGUGUAUUUUUGGUCUAAAUUAAGCAUAUAAAAAUAGCAAAAUGAAUUCAAAUAUAAGACACAUUAUGGAGGUGUCAGUAAUGUUAUUGUAGACAAGUCUAUUUACCGUAUAUAGCCCUUCAUCUCCAAAUAGCCUCUUUACAAGCUGAACUGUCAUGUUCGGUGAGACACACAAGCACCAGACUUGAUUGCCAUGGCAAUCAAGUCAACUCACAACUAAGUUUGUCCAACUUAAAAGACCAAUUUCACGUGACUUAUUGAUGCUU